AUGAUAGUCGUUACUUUUAUUCGACAUGGACAGUCACUAGACAAUACUAAACACAUCUGGGCAGGCUGGAAAGAUGUUCCACUAUCUGAUCUUGGUGCGUGCCAAGCAAAAGCACUAGCCGAGGCCCUUCAGAGCACCCGGUUCGGUGCCAUAUAUGCCUCGGAUCUUCUUCGUGCACACCAAACAGCCAAGUCUCUGCACGAGGGCCAAGUAGAGCCUCCCUCGGACGUCGUCGUCAACCCCAAGCUUCGCGAGCAGAAUUUCGGCAUCGCGGAGGGAAAUCCAUGGGCAUUCCGAAGCGAUUUUGAGAAGUCGCUCCAAGACCAUUACGACGAGGGCAUAUUCCCUGUGCUGUUUGAGAGGCACGAGAAGUUUCCUGGUGGAGAGAGCAGGGACGACGUUGCUCGGCGGUGCGAGGAGGCGAUUAGGGAGACUGUGCUCUCGCAUUUGCCAGAGCACGGAGGAGAGGAGGGGGUGUUCCACGUCGCGGUCGCCAGCCAUGGGGUGUGCAUUGGCGAGCUCAUCGGAGCGUUGAAGCGCCUUGAUCCGAGCCAAAUAGAAGAUCAGGCCGCCGACUCGUACGCAGGACUGAGAAACACGGCGUGGACCAGAGUCCACAUUACGGCCAAGGGAGAAGUGGGGGCCAUCGACGCUGGAAGCCUGCCCCAGCUAACCGUUCGCGUCGUGGAGGUCAACAAUAGAGACCACUUGAAAGCCCUGUACGGACACGCCGAGGAACCUCCCAGCAAGCUCGACGAGCAGUGGCGCGCGCAUAAGGCUGCGUCCAAGCUUGCCGCCAACACCAUCCAGAACCCCGAGGCUUGA